UGUAAGUUGAAGGAGCUACCAGUGGUACAGCUCAGCAUCACCGUCACCUGUUGCACCGGCUCAGCCUGCAAGCUAUCACCCGAAACAGCACCUGAGCAUCGGGCAUGACUUGAAGGCUGGCGCUUUCGACAAUGGACCAAGAAGCUCCAGCAGGAUUGGGAGAUGCAGGUGCCAGUGGAGGACCUGGCAGAGGCCCUCCACAGCUGUCCUUGGAGGACAAAGCGUUCUUGGAUGAGUUCGGGCGCCGCAUCUCCACCACCGCCUUCGUGGCCAUGGUCGUGGGCGCCAGCGGCUUCUACGGCCUGGCCAGGCAGUUGGCCUUCAAACGCCGCGGCCUCUGGACCUUCUUUGGUGCAACGGCCUGUCCCCUGGUGGCAUGGUAUGCGGUGAUCAACCAGGAGAGGGAGCGAGUGAUGGAUCUUGCGAAGAAGCUGCAGUUUGAUGCACCGCCAGACGCGCGCUUCACGCAAUCGACUUCUUCAGUGUCAGGGGACGAGGCCUUGGCGAAGCUGUUCCCCCCAGCACCUUUAGCCUUGGUGAACAGCCCACAGGUACCAAGCAGAGGACUUGGAUUGCCACCCAUGGGACCGCCAGGAGCUGCAGGACAGGCUCCCAAUAGUUUCAACACUUGGAAUUCUUGGCCAAAGUGAUGCAGAGAUGCCGCAGUCAGAUGACAGUCAGAUGGGCGUGUCCCAAAGUUUUGAGAUAACGUCGAAGAUUGAGUCAAAGUAGUCCGUCCCUAAAAAAGGGAUGAUGACCUGAAUUGACAAAAAAAAAGAUGGGCUGAAACCACCAACCACAGAUAAUGUACAUAGUCUAGAAUGUUUAUGAGACUUUUGAUCUGCGAUCCGAUCGCGUGGAAAA